AUGACACGAACCCUCCUCCUCUUCGGCGCCGGCCCAGGCAUCGGCAACAACGUCGCGGCGACCUUCGCAUCCAAAGGCGCCAUCGACCACGUCGUCCUGCUCGGCCGCAACACCGACCGUCUGCAGAACGAAGACGCGCCGUUCGUGCUCAACGCCGCACCAAACGUCAAAGCCGACACCCUGCGCGCCGACCUAAGCGACCUGGACUCCCUCCCCAGCGUCCUCUCGCAGCUGGACAACCUAACGCGGGACUCCGCGGUCGAAGUAGUCUACUACAACGCGGCGCGCAUCAAGCCCUCGGACCCCGUGCUGAGCGUCGACGUCAAGGAGAUAGAAGAGGAUUUCAGACUGCAAGUCCUAGCCCUCCACCUCGUCGCCCAACACUACCUCCCCCAACUCCAACAACACCCCCCCGCAGAAUCCAACUUCAAGCCCGCCCUGCUAGUCACAAACUCCCACCUACCCUGGGACCCGGUACCGCAGCUCAUCUCGCUCUCGCUAGUAAAAGGCGCACAGCGGACGCAGAUGCUAUCUUUGAAUCGCGCGUUUAGCGAUACGCGAGUGCACUGCGCGCUGGUGACCGUGGAGGGGCAAGUGGGUCCUGACAAUAAGGUGUUGAGUCCGAGGAACAUCGCGGACGAGGCGUUUAAGCUGUGGCAGAGGAGCGAGGGGGUGGAGGUGAAUUUGAAGGAGCCGGGGCAGUGA